CUCUCUCUCUAUACUUGUGUAUACUUGUGUGUAUAUCCCUCUAUUCGCAUUUCACGACAACCCUGGACUGCAGCUGCUGACUCGUAUUUCGCCAUUUUAUUAUUGCUAGCUUAUAAAGCUACCGGACAACUCCCCUUCCUGAUCAUCACUUCUCAUCCCCUCUCGUACCAUUCAACCUCUUUCGCAUCUUAAGUUUUUUUCAAACUUAAUAUUAUUACAUCUACCUAUAUCAACAGUAACUCUUUUGGUUCGUACUACUCUUUCCUCAAACUCCUACUAUAAACUCGGUCUCGAUCCCCAUUGUGAUUGCCAUUCCCUUCUCUACGGCCUCCUCCUCCUCUUCACAACCCUUCUCUUUGUACCUUUGCUUGCGUUCUAAAAGAUCUAUUUGAUCUUCAUUUCUUUACAUAGUUUUGGAUUUGAGAGAGAAGAAGAUCGGUCCCCUUUGCCAUUAACAGAUACUGAGAUAAAGAAAAGAAAGAAAUGAUGCACCGCUGCAGCGAUGCUCAAGGGAACAUGGUGGGGCCUUGUUCUUGUGGUCUGUUUCACAGCCAAAGCAAUUCCUUCUCCAUGCUAUUCUCCAUGCCCGACCAUAUUCCUGAUGAGAAUUCCGAAAUGUAUUCCUUCACUUCGUCGUCUGCUUCAGUGGAUUGCACCCUCUCUUUAGGAACCCCAUCUACUCGUCUAACCGAAGAUGAGGAAAAGCGACGGCGCUCUGGUUCCUCAGUGUCCAAGUACUCUUGCUGGGACGUGUUACAGAACAAACAUUCACCUUCAUCAGCACCUCAAACUUACAAGACUUCCCGUGGAGGCAGUAAUGCUAGCAGCAGCAACUCGGUCAAUGAUUCUCUCCUCGCUCGCCGUUGUGCUAACUGUGACACCACUUCCACACCCCUUUGGAGGAAUGGUCCAAGAGGCCCAAAGUCGCUAUGCAAUGCUUGUGGGAUUCGAUUCAAGAAGGAAGAGAGGAGAGCCACUGCUGCGGCCACCAGCAAUGGUGGUUCCCCAGGACUAAUGGAGCCAAAUCACAUCCUCGGCCACCACAACAAUUCAUGGUAUGCCCAUUCACAGACCCAGAAAAUGCCGUGCUUUGCCCCAGCUGCCAUUGGCAACGAGUUCCCUUUCAUUGAAGACAAUGACAGGGAUUCCGAUACCGGCAUUCCCUUCCUUUCUUGGCAUCUCAAUGUCACCGAUCGGCCGAGUACUCUCGUCCAUGACUUCACUAGAUGAAUAAAUUAACGGCGAAGACCCUGCAACUUUCUUAUUACCCAUAACGUAUCACGAUGAUCAUGGUGUUGAAGAUGUUGAUGGCGAUGGUUUAUAGAUUUGUCAAAUUCUUUUUUUCCCUUUUCUUUUUAAUCUCUUGGUUGCUGCUUCCUUUUCUCCCUCUUAGAUAGAUGAAGUGAGAACGGGCUUAUUCUAUGUUCUUUGUUUGCUUUUGAUCUUUAAGUUUCUUUCUAUAA